AUGUCAGAAUUUGUAGCAUUUAAUUCUACUGUUCUUCCUGAUAAUGAUUCAAUGUUAAAGAAGUAUUCAAUUCCAUUAAUAUUACAAAUAACACCUUUUGCUGAAAAAGUAGUACCUAAUAUUCAAGUAAAUACUGUUUCAGAUAUGCCACGAUGUGCAUAUUGUAGAGCAUUUAUGAGUAAAGAAAUGAAUUGGAUUAGAUUAGGAGGAAAAUAUAUUUGUGGAUAUUGUCGUCAUAAUAAUGAAAAGUUUUAUUUGAGAUAUAAAUUUAUGGAACGAGAUGGUAUUAAUUCAUUUCCUGAAUUAACUAAUGAUGUUUAUGACUUUGAAUAUCAGAAAUCAAUGAACAAAAUUUAUCAAACAAUUAUUAUGAUUGAUACUUCUUAUAAUUUUAUUCAAACAAAGGAUUAUAAGAAUAUGAUUAUUUCAUUAAAAAGUUAUAUUAAUAAUUUUAUUUCUUUAUAUCAUUAUAUUUGUAUUAUUACAUAUAAUACUACUAUUACAUUAUAUCAAAUUGGAAAUAUUACAAAACAAUUGAACUUUCCUAUUAUUGAUGAUAAAAUUAGUCAAUAUACAAUUCCUUAUUAUAAAUCAAUAUUUAUUAAUUCAGAUAAUAAACAAUAUAUUAAUGAAUUAUUUGAUUCUUUAUUAAAUAUUGAACAAAUGAAAGAAUUAACAGAAAAUAAUUCAAGAGGAUGUUGUUUUGGUACAUGUCUUGAAUUAGCAAAUGAUUUAUUAAAUUCACAUGGUGGUACUAUUAUUUCUGUAUGUGGAACAAAAUGUGGAUUAGGAAAAGGAGUUUUAUCAAAUAAAUUAAAUACAAAUUAUUUUAAUUCAACAAAAGAACCUAUAUUAUUACAACCUGAUCAUUCUAAUGAUUUCUAUCAAAAGAUAGCAUUACAUUGUUCUGAAGUUAAUACUGUUGUUCAUAUGUUCUUAUUUGAGAAUGAAGAUUUAAAUGUUCCAACUAUUUCAGAAUCUUGUCAUCUUACAAAUGGAGUAUUAAAAGUUUAUCAACCAAAUACAACACCAUUACAAAAUAUAAUAAUAGAUUUAUCUAAUUUAACACCAUUUGCAUUUGAUUGUGCAAUUAGAUUAAGAAAACCUAAUUUUAUUAAUGUAGAUUAUGUAAAUGGUCAUUAUUUUCAAAAAACAAUUACAAAUUAUACAAUACCUGUACUUAGAAAAGAUUCAACAUUUAUUUUUCAUCUUUCAAUAAAUGGUGAAAUUAAAUAUUCUAAAGCUCUUUUUCAAUUCGGAUUAUCCUAUACUUCUAUUAAUGGUUCUAAAAGAACACGUGUUUUUAAUAUUGGAUUAAAUGUAUCUUCUAAUAUUCAAGAUUUUAUGAUAAAUAUUAAUCUUCAACCUACUAUUAAUGCUUUAUUAUCUCAAACAUUAAUUCAAGCUCAACAAUAUACUUUAAAUCAAUCAAUCUCUAAAACAAUGAAUUCUUUAAUAACUUAUAAAAAUCUUAUUGCACAAAGAUCAUUUCUUCCUAUUUAUUUGUAUGGAAUGAGUCAACAUGAACUCUUUAAUAAUAAACAAUUAUCCAUUGAUUCUCGUUAUGAAUUAUUAUAUCAUUUACAAACAUUUUCACUUUCAUUAUUAUCUGAAUUUGUUCCAUUGUUAUAUAAAGUUAUUGCUUUUGAUGAUAUUCAACAAAUUCAAUUAUCUUCUUCAUUAAUUACAAAAGAUAUUUUUAUAUUAGUUACAAACCAAAUAUUUGUCAUUGUACCUCAAGAUAUUGAACCAAUAAAUCUUCAACAAUACUUAUGUGUUUCUUCUUUAAAUGAAGUAGAAUCUAUUAUAGAUUGGAAUACAUGUUUAAUAAAAGAUGCAAUCAAAAAAAUUAAAGACAUGAAUAAAAUGUUUAGUGUUGUUUUUAUGCUUUAUGGAUCAACACAAUUCCAACAAAAAAUAUCUCAUUGUUUUAUUUUUGAUGAUUCAAAAUAUCGUCAAUUCCUUUAA